UGACGUGUACGAACCCGAGGGGAGGGCCAGGGAGUUUCCCAGAUCACGUGGCUGCAAGAAGCCCUCGGCGAGAGCCCCUCCCCCGAGACGAAGUCCUAUUGGACAACGACGGCAGAGAAGCGAAAAGCGAGAAAUGCUGUCGCCGGGUCCGCGCCUUUAAUGUUAUAAACUAUCGUAAGGAGCCAAACCCUGAGGAGAGGCGGUUGUUUCCGGGUUGGUGGCCCCGCCUCCCCACUGCUGGGUACCGCGCUUCCGGAGGGCGGGGCCUGCGUGAGAGCAGUUGCUGCUUACGCGGCGGCUGGGCUGCAGGGAGCCGGAACGGUGCGUCAGCCAGUUCCCUCUCGCCCUCUUCUCCUCAUACACCAGCGCGGCGGGGCCACAGGUCAACUGCGGUGUCAGUCAGUGGCGGCGCGUCUGUCAGGCGGCGGCAGCAGCAGCUUGGUGCUCGUGAGGCGGCGACGGCGGCAAAGAUGGUGGCGAAACAGCGGAUCCGUAUGGCUAACGAGAAGCACAGCAAGAAUAUCACACAGCGCGGGAACGUGGCCAAGACCUCGAGAAACGCCCCCGAGGAGAAGGCGUCGGUGGGGCCCUGGCUGUUGGCGUUGUUCAUCUUCGUGGUGUGCGGAUCGGCUAUCUUCCAGAUUAUUCAGAGUAUCAGGAUGGGCAUGUGAAGGAGCUGACCCUUAAACAAGAUAGUUACAUUUCUCCUGUGAACUAUGAACUUUCAUUCCUGAUGUUUGAUACUUGGAAUUUAAAUUAGCUGUCGUCUUGCUUCUGAAGAACUUUCCAUGUUGACCAUAUGUCAUUCCAGGUUCCUUCACAAGUCAUUCCAAGUUUUUUAGUCCAUGCCACAGUGCCUUGAAAAAGCACCACAUGUAUAAAGCAAUAAAGAGUUACUGUUACCUUACAGUCGUGGACCUACUUAUUCUGUGAAUCAAGCUCAUGCUUUGUUUGAUAUAUUAAAGUGUAAGCCGUGUAGAUAUCUAGUGACUGCAUUAUAUGUAAACACUGAUCUUUGUUAAUCUUCUGUAUAAAUGGAAGUGGUUUUAUUUAAAAUGGAGAAAAGCUUAUGAAAUAGUGAUUGUAUGAAUAGUUUAAUGCACACUCAUGCAAAAAAGAACAUCUUAUGUAUGCGUAGCUUAGUUAGACUGUAGCAUGUGGCAAUUUAAUAACUCGCAAAUGGUUCUGACAGAAGACUUUAUCCUAUGCUUCUUGGAAGAUUGUUUUAAUACAAUGUAGUUAAAACUAAUAGCUUAAUUGACCAUAGAUAUAAACGAACAAACCUCUUCAGUCUUAAAAAGCACCAGAAACUUCACAAAAUGUUCAGUUGUUAUGCUGUAUUCGAAUGUCAAUGUUUCUCAUGCCAUCAUUCCUUUUGUUGGGGUGGUUAAUCCUUUUGGGAGCAAUUCAAUCUCUAGUGCAAAACAUCAGCUGGUAACUUGUUCCAUGAUACUCUAAUGUUCACAGUAGCCCAUCCAGAGAUUACUAACAUGCAUGCAGCCUGAAUAGUACCCCAGUUCAGCUGAACAACUUAACAGGUUAAACACAUGCUGCUGAUUACAAACUUCUAUUUUACUGUGACUCAAAGCAUUUUCUUUAAAUUCUACAGCAUUUUAAUUUCAUGGAAGUUAUCAGAAUGAUGUUAAGAGUAAGUGGUUAUAUUUUCACAGGGUAGUAGAAACACAAUUGAAAUAUCCUUGCCACUACUAACAUCUCCUUGUUGCAGAACAUAGCAAGGUAAAGAUGACUUUGGGCACUCUCCCAUAGAGUGCCUUCACAAACAAGUAAUUGGACCACAAAUAAACUACUUAAAGGGCUAUGUGAGUGAAAAGUUAACUAGGUAAAUUACUCCAUAAUUGUGCAGGGUUGCAUUGCUGAUAGACAAGUGACUAGAAGGCUACAUUUCUUACCAUUAGCUGUCAGCACAUUCUGUAAAUGGGAAAUGCUUGUUUGUAAUCCAAGAGUUAUUUCCAAUAAAUUACUUUAAAAUGUGA